UGUCUGGACGCUGUUACUGGGAGGUGGAGAGGAGUGGUGGUGUUGAUACAGCAGUCUCAUAUAAAGACAUCAGCAGAACAGAGAGAGUUCUCUCUCCCUCCCUCCUGUAAUCCCUCUAAACUCACCUGUCUGGCAGAACCAGAAAGUCCACACCUCCCCAAAACUAACUUCUGUGGAAACGAAACUGAUCUGAGUCUCUCUGUGGUCUGUCUGUGUGAGAGUGAACAACCAUCCAAAUGGCUCAACAGGGAGAUCUGCUGGACCAGGACCAGUUCUGUUGUUCUGUCUGUCUGGAUCUACUGAAGGAGCCGGUCACUACUGCCUGUGGACACAAUUACUGUAGAAUCUGUAUUGAGGGCUGCUGGGAUCAGGAUGUUCUGAAAGGGGUCUAUAGCUGUCCUCAGUGCAGAGAGACCUUCACUCCAAGGCCUAAUCUGAGGAAAAAUAACAUGUUGGCUGAGCUGGUGGAGAAACAGAAGAAGACAGGACUACAGGCUGCUCCUCCUCCUGCUCUGUGCUAUGCUGGACCUGGAGAUGUGGCGUGUGAUGUCUGCACUGGGACCAGAAAGCAGAAAGCCCUCAUGUCCUGUCUGGUGUGUCUGGCCUCUUACUGUGAGACUCACCUCCAAUCUCACUAUGAAUCUCCUGCUUUGAAGAAGCACAAGCUGGUCAAAGCCACGGCACAUCUACAGGAGAAGAUCUGCUCUCAUCAUGACAAACUGCUGGAGGUUUACUGUCGUACCGAUCAGCAGUGUAUCUGUCUGCUGUGUGUGAUGGAUGAACAUAAAGGCCAUGAUACAGUGUCAGCUGCAGCAGAGAGGACUGAGAAACAGAGGCAGCUGGGGAUGAGUCAGCAGAAGGUCCAGCAGAGAUUCCAGGAGAGAGAGAAGGAGCUGAAGAAUCUCCAAAAAGCUGUGAAGUCUCUCAAGCGCUCUGCACAGUCAGCAGUGGAGGACAGUGAUCAGAUCUUUACUGAGCUGAUCCGCUCCAUUGAGAGAAGGAGCUCUGAGGUGAAGGAGCUGAUCAGAGCCCAAGAGAAGGCUCAAGUGAGUCAAGCUGAAGGACUCCUGGAGCAACUGAAGCAGGAGAUAGCUGAGCUGAGGAAGAGAAGCACUGAGCUGGAGCAGCUCUCACACACAGAGGAUCACAUCCAUUUCCUCCAGAGUUAUCAGUCUCUCUCCAGUAUCAGUGUAUCUUCAGACUUACCCAGCAUCGUUGUCCGUCCUCUUCAGUACUUUGGAGAUGUGAGUAAGACUGUGUCUGAACUGAGAGAGAAACUAGAAGACUUCCUUAAAGGAGAAUGGACCAAGAUCUCCACUACAGUGAAUAUAGUGGAUGUUGUACUGCCUCCAGAGCCCAAGACCAGAGAACAGUUGUUACAAUAUUCCUGUCAGCUCACACUGGACCCAAACACAGUAGGCACACUCCUCUCUCUGUCUGAAGGGAACAGAAAGAACUGCCUGUUGGUCUGUUGUUGAGCGGCUGGUAUCACCCCUCCCCCAUUAUCUCCCAUGUUGCUCCACCUCCUUGUGGGAGGAGCCAGGCGAGGCCACAGAUCAGACUCCUCCAUCUCAUCCCACCAACUCUGUCAGUCCACCAGGCCACUGCAGUAACAGCCACAUCUUUACAUCACAAAGCUUCAGUACCAUCUCAUCCCACCAACUCUGUCAGUCCACCAGGCCACACCAGUAACAGCCAUAUCUUCACGUCAUGUAGCUUCAGUACCAUCUCAUCCCACCAACUCUGUCAGUCCACCAGGCCACACCAGUAACAGCCAUAUCUUCACGUCAUGUAGCUUCAGUACCAUCUCAUCCCACCAACUCUGUCAGUCCACCAGGCCACACCAGUAACAGCCAUAUCUUCACGUCAUGUAGCUUCAGUACCAUCUCAUCCCACCAACUCUGUCAGUCCACCAGGCCACACCAGUAACAGCCAUAUCUUCACGUCACGUAGCUUCAGUACCAUCUCAUCCCACCAACUCUGUCAGUCCACCAGGCCACACCAGUAACAGCCAUAUCUUCACGUCACGUAGCUUCAGUACCAUCUCAUCCCACCAACUCUGUCAGUCCACCAGGCCACUGCAGUAACAGCCAUAUCUUCACGUCAUGUAGCUUCAGUACCAUCUCAUCCCACCAACUCUGUCAGUCCACCAGGCCACUGCAGUAACAGCCAUAU